GUUUGAACACAUAAAAACUUUUGGAAAGUGUGAAAUUACUUGAUGUAAUUUCAAUCCAUUUAUUGGUUUACAUUAUUUGUGACUUAAUAAUUUAAAUUUGAUUCGAUUAUUAUUGCAGAAAGGUAAACAGCGGUAACGGCUUCUGAAUUUAUUAGUAAACUUUAUCAAUUUACAUUUAUUUAAUGGCUCCAAAAGUUUAUGAUGGUGCUAUUAUUAUCCUGGACAUCGGACGGAAUGUGUCUCAAGCUGCUGAAAAAGAUAAAAAAAGCUUUUUCACUGAAGGAAGAGAAUUUGUCAGUAGACUUAUUGAACGAAAAAUUAUGAGUCAAGGGAGGAAUCUCCUUGGACUGAUAUUGCUGGGAUCUAAGAAAUCCGAGAAUAAUAUGGCAAAGCAGUGUGACGAUGCUUUUCGUCAUAUCGAUAUGGCGGUGAAAUUGCAAGAACCGACAUGGCAAAUGAUACGGAAUCUACCUGAACUGCCAACUAAAUCUAGAGGUGACUGGAUGGAAGCAAUAAUUGUUGCAGUAGAUCAUUUUGCCAAUGGUAUUAGUGGUAUCAAAUUCAGCAGCAAGAAAAUCAUAUUGGUUACAAACUUCAUGUCACCUACUUGCCUUGAAGAAAAUGACAUUGAGCGGGUAACCAAUGGUUUUAAGGAAGACAACUUUGAACUUGAUGUUAUUGGUCUUGACCUUCUAGAUGACUCUCUUAAAGAAGUUGAUAUUGAGUUGGCUAGAAGAAUUGUUGCAAUAAGCAAUGGUGCAACUGCAUCUUUCAAAGAUGCAAUGAGAUAUCUACUUUUCCACAAGAAAAAAAUAGUUCACUCAUAUCCAUGGAAUGUUGAUUUAUCAAUUGGUCCUAACAUCAAAAUACCUGUUUCAUCAUAUAUCAGGUUAAAAGAUGAACCUGCAGUUAAAAAUUGGGUGACUGCAAUCAAGGAUCCUGUUACUCAUGCAGCAAGUACCACAGAGGGUAUAGUGAAAAGCAAAGUCCAUGUGAAUACAGAAAACCAGACAGUAAUAGAUUCAAAUGCUGUUAUAUCAGGUUAUCAUUAUGGGCAGCAAAUUAUUCCAUUCACAGAGUGUGAUCAAUCUUUCUUAUACAAUUCAGGUGAAAAAUGCUUAUCCGUAUAUGGAUUCACACAAUCUUCUAACAUUGGCUGGCAAAAUUUGCAUGGUGAUGGACUGCAUUAUAUAUUUGCAAGAAAAGGAAACAAAAAGGCUCAAUAUGCAAUAAGAUGUCUUGUAGAAUGUCUCCAUGAGAUGGGCCUUGUGGCUUUAGUUCGAAGAGUAUAUAAUAAAGGCAAUACCCCUAAAAUGUUUGCACUUAUGCCUGUGAUAGAUAAUGAUAACUAUAUAUGCUUAUCAAUGGCAGAGAUUUGUUAUAGUGAAGAGAUUAAAUAUAUGACAUUUCCAAGUACAACCCUCAAGAGAUUUGAAUGCACAAAUCAUGAAGUAGAUGCAUUCAAAGAGCUAAUUCGUGCAAUGGACUUAACCAAAGCUUAUGAUGAAACAUAUGAUGACACUGAAGCAUUCCCAAUUGCUGAAACUGUGAGUCCAGCUGUGCAAUAUGUCUUGGAUUGCAUUGCCUUCAGAGCAAUGAAUCCAGACAAACCAUUGCCUGAACCUAGAGAUGAGAUAAUGAUGCUGUUCAAAGCACCACCAUUAGUGGCGAAAAGGUCUAAAGAACCAUUAAAUAAACUAAAAAAGUUGUUUACUUUAACUAAAAUUGAGAAGAAAAAGAAAGAGAAAACUGAAGCUAUUGAAAUUUUUGAGCAUAACAAUGAAAAUGAAGAAAAUAUUAAAAUGGAUAAUCAAACCAAAGAGCCUGUGCCUUUAAUUAAACUCCCAAUUGCGAGUAGCAGUCGUAUAACAAACAUUGGAACAAUUGAUCCAAUCAAUGACUUCAAAAUACUCAUAGAUAGCGGCAAAACAUUAACUGAUUUAUUUUCUGAUAUGAGAGAAGCAAUAGAGAAUCUUGUGUAUUGCAAUUUGGAUGGUACUUACAGAAAAGCUCUAUCAACCAUGAAGUUUUUAAGAGCAGAAUGUGUAAAAGCAGACCCUUUGCCUUACAAUAACUGGAUUAUAAAUUUUAAGAAAGCAUUAAUUGCUCGCAAAAAAGAUGAUUUUAUAGAUAUUAUACAUACAAAUAAGUUAGAUGUUAUUUUGAAAGAGGAAAAUGAGUUGAGCCUGUAUGACAACAUUGAUAGUUGUGAUGAUCAAUUAUAUGAAAAUGAUACUGUACCAGAUUGCACAGAAUUAACCAUGGACCAGGAAAUAAAUGACUUAUUUGAUAACAUGUGAAAGUGAAUAUAAGUUUGUCACAUCUCAAGUCAUCUAGUUACAUAUUUAUUUAAAUAUAAGAUUAUGUGCAUCCUAAAGGAUAUAAAAACAUGUAUAUUUAUUAUAAACUGAUUUUUAUUUUUAAUCUGAAGUAUAGAACACAUAAUAUGUAGAGGUUGCAUAAUUAUCCUGUAAUGUUAAUAAUUCUAGGCCCAGUUUUAAUUUCAAAUUAUCUACUAAAAUCUAAUCUCAAUUUGCACACAGUAAAUUCAUGUAUGUUAAAUCUUAUAACUAAUUGUUAAGAAAUUAAUCAUUGCACACCACUUUGUGGGAUUUUAUUUUGUGAAUGUAGAAGUUCUAAGAACUCUUGUAAUGAAAUAUCUUCUUGGCAGUCUGUAUCUAAAUCAUGCUCUAAUUGAGCUUCCAUUGAAUUUGCUUCAGGACUAAGAACAAUGUUCUCAUCUAAUACGACAUGAUUCAGGCGUGAUUUUAAGCUUUGAAGAAUUUCUUCUAAUUCUAAGCAUUUGUUUCGAAUCGACGUCCCUAGGUCAGAUGAGGGAUCUAUAUCUUCAAUAGUAGCAUUUUCGGAAAAUGAAUUCGCAGGCGUUCGCGUCCUUGGUGGCUGUAUCAUGGAAAAAAGAUUUUCGGGAACAGUGUUUCCAUUUCUUGUGGUAUCUGGAGAUAAUGAAUCUGUAAACUCUGCAAGAAUCUCGUCAAUGAUAUCUUCGGCGUUUUGACGUGGAUCAACUACUUCUUCUGGGGUGUCUGCACCACUUUCGUUGUUUAUCAUUUUGUUAUUAGAAUCUAGCUUCAUGACUUGAUAUUCUUUCGUCUAAAUUAUCGAUUGAUGCAAAAUAAAUAACAAACAAUACAGCUCUACUCAAAGCAUAGGUACCUAUCCGAUAAAAAAUCAUAGACAAAUAUCAGAUGAUCACUGUCAUCUUUCUUUUACAAUAUUAAUCUA